AUGAACCAGGAGGACUGGAAUGCAGAGAUGGGAGAUGAGGCAUCACCAAUCCUCCCACCCCUUGAGCAGGCUAGCUUCUCUGAAAGACCAAAUGACCCCUCAUCUGACUUCAGUCCAAGCAUGGGCUUAUUCGGUGCUGCUGAAAGACCUAACACAAGUCAGCAUAGGCAGAAUCAUUUUGGAGGGUUUUCUAGGAGUAGAGAUACUGAUGAAUGUAUGAACAGACAGUGUCAACCAGUGAGUAGAUUUGGUAGUGGAAGGAAUUUUGCGAACAGAGGUUUUCAAGAAAAGAAAGUUGUAGAAGAUUCUAGUACACAAAAUAGAGGUUUUAAAGAAUUUCCUGGUGGCUUUGGACGAAGUGAGAACACAAUAUCCACUACACUGUAUUACUUACAGGUAUUAAAGAUGAGCAAAGAGACAGACCUCAGUCUGGCAUUUUUCUUGGCUCUAGAGGAAGAGGAGCAUUUGGAGGUUGUGCAGUGGUUGUAUUCUGAAGGUCCGAAGGUGACUUACGUGCCCCCUCCUCCACCUGAUGAUGAGCAAGCCAUCUUCGCACGUUAUCAGACAGGAAUUAAUUUUGACAAGUAUGAUGAAAAUGUUGUCGAAGUGUCAGGACUUGACCCUCCAGCACCAUUACUGGCUUUUGAAGAAGCUAACCUCUCUCAGACUUUAAACAUGAAUAUUGCUAAAGCUGGAUACUCGAAACUUACUCCAGUGCAGAAGUACAGCAUUCCUAUUAUACUGGCAGGACGGGAUUUAAUGGCAUGUGCCCAGACAGGAUCAGGAAAAACUGCAGCCUUUCUUCUACCAAUUGUGGCCCACAUGAUGAGAGAUGGCGUAACUGCCAGUAGCUUUAAAGAGCAGCAGGAACCAGAAUGUAUUAUUGUUGCCCCAACUAGAGAACUGAUAAAUCAGAUCUUCCUAGAAGCGAGGAAAUUUGUGUAUGGAACUUGUAUAAGGCCUGUUGUGAUUUAUGGAGGUACACAAACAGGCCAUUCAAUUCGUCAGGUAAUGCAAGGCUGUAAUAUACUCUGUGCCACUCCAGGAAGGCUUCUAGACAUCAUUGGAAGAGAGAAGAUUGGUUUGCACAAUGUGAAAUACUUGGUGCUAGAUGAAGCAGACCGCAUGCUUGAUAUGGGGUUUGGGUUAGAUAUGAAGAAGCUGAUUUCUUAUCCAAGCAUGCCACCAAAAGACAAACGUCAAACACUAAUGUUUAGUGCUACUUUUCCUGAAGAAGUUCAGAGGCUGGCUGGCGAAUUUUUGAAAACUCAUUAUUUAUUUGUUGUUGUUGGACAUGUGGGUGGAGCUUGCAGUGAUGUUCAGCAAAAUAUUCUUCAAGUUCCUCAGUAUUCCAAGAGGGAUAAACUGAUAGAAAUUCUACAAAGCAUAGGUCAUGAACGAACCAUGGUGUUUGUGGACAAAAAGAAAAAAGCAGACUACAUUGCAGCCUUUCUUUGUCAAGAAAAAAUAUCAGCCACUAGCAUCCAUGGAGAUAGAGAACAGAGAGAGAGAGAAGUAGCUCUUCAGGAUUUUCGUUCUGGAAAAUGUCCAGUUCUUGUGGCAACUUCAGUGGCAGCACGAGGUCUGGAUAUUGAAAAUGUUCAACAUGUUAUUAAUUUUGAUCUGCCUUCCACCAUUGAAGAGUAUGUACACCGAAUUGGACGAACUGGUCGUUGUGGAAAUACAGGCAAAGCAGUUUGCUUCUUUGAUAACAGUACAGAUGGCCAUCUUGCACAAUCUCUAGUUAAAGUGCUUUCAGAUGCCCAGCAGGAAGUUCCUGUUUGGUUGGAGGAAAUUGCUUUUGGUUUGCAAGGAGAAGGAGUCUUUACAUCAGUUAAUACCCAAAAGAACUAUGGAGGCAGAGGCAACAUGAACCCGGGAGGAUUGAAGAUGUCGUAUUCUGCAAAUGCAUUUGAGUCAUGGGAUUAA